AUGGCACAAGAUAAGGUAUCUCCUAUGGAAGGCUCUUGGAAAAUUGAUAAAGAGUUCCAUAUAGAUGAAGAUAUGGGCUUCAUUCUGCCAAAUCCACUGGAGGAUCUACCUGAUAAGUACGCUGACUGGAUUUCCAUUGCUAAAAUUCUGCCUGACCUGAUUGAGAAUGGCACAUUACGUGCACAAGUUGAAAAGUUGCCACAACUCAGCAUUGAUGACCUCCAGGGGCACAAGUUGCAACGCCUUGCACAUCUGGUCUUGGGGUACAUCACCAUGGCAUAUGUGUGGUAUCGAGGUAAAGAAGACGUCAGUAAGGUUCUGCCAAGCAAUAUUGCAGUUCCUUAUUGCAAACUCUCUGAGAAGCUGGGGCUACCUCCUAUUCUGGUUUAUGCUGACUGUGUCUUGGCAAACUGGAAGAAAAAGGAUCCCAAUGGGCCUAUGAUUUAUGAGAACAUGGAUAUUCUGUUCUCGCUUCCUGGUGGGGAUUGCAGCAAAGGAUUCUUCCUGGUGUCAUUGCUGGUGGAAAUGGCGGCAGCUUCUGCAAUCAAAGAAAUUCCCAUUAUAUUUAAUGCAAUACAACAUCAGGACCAGGUCACUUUUAAAAAGGCACUAGGUGAGAUAACUUCUUGCCUGAACAAAGCCCAUGAAGUGUUUCAGCAAGUUCACAAACAUGUGGAUCCAAAUCUAUUUUUCAGUGUUCUUCGCAUAUAUUUGUCUGGUUGGAAAGGCAACUCAUUGCUGAAAGAUGGCCUGCUGUAUGAAGGGGUCUGGGAUACCCCUCGGCAGUUUUCAGGGGGCAGUGCAGCCCAAAGCAGCAUCUUUCAGUGCUUCGAUGUCUUGCUGGGCAUCCAGCAGAGUACUGGUGAAGUGGCCAGUGGCAAUGCCUUUGCCCAAUUCCUCCAGGAUAUGAGGACAUAUAUGCCACCAGCUCACAAAGCCUUUCUUGAAUCACUGGAGAAAGGCCCCUCAGUCCGUGAAUUUGUCCUUUCAAAUGGUGACACCAGCCUGAAGUCAGUUUAUGAUGAAUGUGUGAAAGCUCUGGUCUCUCUGAGGAACUAUCACUUGCAAGUAGUAACUAAAUAUAUUGUAAUUCCUGCACGACAGCAGAACAAGGAUAACCAAACGUCUGAAGAUCCAUCAGAAGCAGAAAAUAGAGGAACAGGAGGCACCAAUGUCAUGACUUUUCUAAAGACUGUAAGAAAUACAACUGAGAAAUACCUUAUGAAGGAAGGUUAA